GCUGGACCCCGCCGGGCUGCUAUAAAAGGGCCGGCCGGUCCGGAGGUGCCGCAGUGUCGCCCGCCUCCUCCUAGCCUCAGGGCUCCUUCUCCGCCGGUGGCCGCACCCGCUCCGGCCACGAUGAGCUUCAGCGGCGCCGACGCGCUGCUGGGCGCCUUCGCGCCGCUUCACGGAGGCGGCAGCUUGCACUACGCACUGGCUCGCAAAGGCGGCGCAGGCGGAGCGCGCUCUGCAGCCGGCUCCUCCAGCGGAUUCCACUCAUGGGCGCGGACCUCCGUGAGCUCCGUGUCGGCCUCCCCGAGCCGCUUCCGAGGCGCCGGGACUACCUCCAGCACCGACUCGCUAGACACCCUGAGCAACGGACCGGAGGGCUGUAUGGUGGUGGCGCGCAGCGAGAAGGAGCAGCUGCAGGCGCUGAACGACCGCUUCGCAGGCUACAUCGACAAGGUGCGGCAGCUCGAGGCGCAUAACCGCAGCCUGGAGGGCGAGGCGGCGGCGCUGCGGCAGCAGCAGGCGGGCCGCGCCGCCAUGGGCGAGCUGUACGAACGCGAGGUGCGCGAGAUGCGCGGCGCAGUGCUGCGCUUGGGUGCGGCUCGCGGCCAGCUGCGCCUGGAGCAGGAGCACCUGCUGGAGGACAUCGCGCACGUGCGCCAGCGCCUGGACGACGAGGCCCGGCAGCGCGAGGAGGCCGAGGCAGCGACGCGCGCACUGGCCCGCUUUGCGCAGGAGGCCGAGGCGGCGCGUGUCGAGCUGCAGAAGAAGGCACAAGCCCUGCAGGAAGAGUGCGGCUACCUGCGGCGUCACCACCAGGAGGAGGUGGGCGAGCUGCUCGGGCAGAUCCAGAGCAGCAGCGCCGUGCAGACGCAGGCCGAGGCGCGCGAUGCCCUCAAGUGCGACGUGACGUCGGCCCUGCGCGAGAUCCGCGCGCAGCUUGAAGGCCACACGGUGCAGAGCACGCUUCAGUCCGAGGAGUGGUUCCGAGUGAGGCUGGACCGACUGUCCGAGGCAGCCAAGGUGAACACAGAUGCCAUGCGCUCAGCACAGGAGGAGAUAUCUGAGUACCGGCGCCAGCUGCAGGCCAGGACCACAGAGCUGGAGACGCUCAAAAGCACCAAGGACUCGCUGGAGAGGCAGCGCUCUGAGCUGGAGGACCGUCACCAGGCUGACAUCGCAUCCUACCAGGAGGCCAUCCAGCAGCUGGAUGCAGAGCUGAGGAACACCAAGUGGGAGAUGGCAGCCCAGCUCCGAGAGUACCAGGAUCUACUCAAUGUCAAGAUGGCUCUGGACAUUGAGAUCGCUGCUUACAGAAAACUCCUGGAGGGUGAAGAGUGUCGAAUUGGCUUUGGCCCGAGUCCUUUCCUCCUUCCAGAAGGACUCCCCAAGAUCCCCUCCGUGUCCACUCAUAUCAAAGUCAAAAGUGAAGAGAAGAUCAAGAUGGUAGAAAAGUCAGAGAAGGAAACUGUGAUUGUGGAGGAACAGACAGAGGAGGUCCAAGUGACUGAAGAAGUGACUGAAGAAGAAGAGAAAGAGGCCAAAGAGGAGGAAGGAGAAGCAGUAAAGUCUCCCCCAGCAGAAGAGGCCGCAUCCCCAGAGAAGGAGGAGGCCAAGUCACCAGCCGAGGCCAAGUCCCCAGAGAAGGCCAAGUCCCCUGUGAAAGAGGAGGCCAAGUCCCCACAGAAGGAAGAGGCCAAGUCACCAGCUGAGGUGAAGUCCCCUGAGAAGGCCAAGUCCCCCGUGGAGGCCAAGUCCCCAGAGAAGGCCAAGUCCCCUGUGGAGGCCAAAUCCCCAGAGAAGGCCAAGUCCCCUGUGAAGGAAGAAGCCAAAUCCCCAGAGAAGGCCAAGUCCCCAGUGGAGGCCAAGUCUCCAGAAAAGGCCAAGUCCCCCAUGAAGGAAGAGGCCAAGUCCCCAGAGAAGGUCAAAUCCCCAGUGGAGGCCAAGUCCCCAGAGAAGGAGGAGGCCAAGUCCCCAGAGAAGGCCAAGUCCCCUGUGAAGGAGGAGGCCAAGUCCCCAGAGAAGGCCAAGUCCCCAGUGGAGGCCAAGUCCCCGGAGAAGGCCAAGUCCCCUGUGAAGGAGGAGGCCAAGUCCCCGGAGAAAGCCAAGUCCCCUGUGAAGGAGGAGGCCAAGUCCCCAGAGAAGGCCAAGUCCCCUGUGAAGGAGGAGGCCAAGUCCCCAGAGAAGGCCAAAUCCCCUGUGAAGGAGGAGGCCAAGUCCCCAGAGAAGGCCAAGUCCCCUGUGAAGGAGGAGGCCAAGUCCCCAGAGAAGGCCAAGUCCCCAGUGGAAGCCAAGUCCCCUGUGAAGGAGGAGGCCAAGUCCCCAGAGAAGGCCAAGUCUCCUGCGAAGGAGGAGGCCAAGUCCCCAGAGAAGGCCAAGUCCCCAGAGAAGGCCAAGUCUCCUGUGAAGGAGGAGGCCAAGUCCCCAGAGAAGGCCAAGUCUCCUGCGAAGGAGGAGGCCAAGUCCCCAGAGAAGGCCAAGUCUCCUGUGAAGGAGGAGGCCAAGUCCCCAGAGAAGGCCAAGUCCCCAGUGGAGGCCAAGUCCCCAGAGAAGCCCAAAAGCCCUGUGAAGGAGGAGGCCAAGUCCCCAGAGAAGCCCAAAAGUCCUGUGAAGGAGGAGGCCAAGUCCCCAGAGAAGCCCAAAAGCCCUGUGAAGGAGGAGGCCAAGUCCCCAGAGAAGCCCAAAAGCCCUGUCAAGGAGGAGGCCAAAUCCCCAGAGAAGGCCAAGUCUCCUGUGAAGGAUGAGGCCAAGGCUCCUGGGAAGGAGGUCCCAAAGAAGGAGGAGGCCAAGUCCCCUGUGAAGGAGGAAGAAAAACCCCAGGAGGUGAAAGCCAAAGAGCCCCCAAAGAAGGCAGAGGAAGAGAAAGCUCCAGCCAUACCCAAAGCUGAGGAGAAGAAGGACAGCAAGAAAGAUGAGGUGCCCAAGAAGGAGGCUCCAAAGCCCGAGGAGAAGAAGGAGCCUGCUGUGGAAAAGCCCAAAGAACCCAAAGCUGAAGCCAAGAAGGAAGAGGCUGAAGAUAAGAAAAAAGCAACCACCCCAGAGAAGGAGGCUCCUGCCAAGGGGAAGGAAGAGGCUAUGCCUAAAGAGAAGACUGAGGUGGCCAAGAAGGAACCAGAUGAUGCCAAGGCCAAAGAACCCAGCAAAGCAGCAGAAAAGCCAAAGAAGGAAGAGACGCCGGCAGCACCAGAGAAAAAAGACGCCAAGGAGGGGAAGGCCGCAGAAGCCAAGAAGCCUGAAGAGAAACCCAAAACAGAGGCCCAAGCCAAGGAAACUGGCAAGGAGGCCUCCACACCCGGGAAAGCCAAGGCUGAGAAAUCUUCCAGCACAGACCAGAAAGACAGCAGACCUGCAGAGAAGGCCGCAGAAGAUAAGGCCACCAAGGGAGAGAAGUAAGGCAGGGAGAAGGGAUCGUUCAGAGCAGCCAAAGAAACUCAGGGGGGUCUGGGAGCUCAAGGGUCAGUAUCACAAAUUUUCACUUUUUUCUCUCUUUUCUUUAAGAAGAAACUCUGCUUAGACAACAGGCCCUCCUUCACCAAACAGGAAUUUCUAUUAGCAAUAUGUUAGCAAGAGAGGGUCCUCCCAACUCCCAGCUCCAUGGCCCAAACCCUCCCUAGGCGAUGGGCAAUUAUGUUAUGAUAGCUUAUGUAGCCGAAUGUGAUAUAUGCCGAAUGCCACACGUAAACACUUGACUAUACAGACUGCCCCCUCCUCUCUAAAUAAGUGCAUUUAUUUCCUGUAUGUGCAACUGACAGAUGACCGCAAUAAUGAAUGAGCAGUUAGAAACACAUUAUGCUUGAGAUGUCUUAACCUAUUCCUGAAUGCCUUCUAUUUUCCAAAGGGGUGGUCGGGUCCUUGCCUAAAGCUCUCUGUCCCGGAAGAGCUGCAGCAGGUGGGGCUAGGCGCUGACCACUGUACCACGCCAGGGCGCACUUUUCCACUGGAGUCCACUUUCAAUUGCUUCUGUGCAAUAAAACCAAGUGCUUAUAAAAUAGAAA